AUGUUACAAUCAUUAGUUAGAUCAACCACAAAGAGUGCACUCAAGAGAGUUGCCUAUAUCAACAACAGUAGAUCAUUUGCAACAAAGAAAGCUUCAAUCUCUUCUACUACACCAAAGACAGAAAAGGAAAUCGAUCAAGAGAAUGCAGAAUCUAAGAUAUAUACAUUUGAAGAAGCUAUUCUUCUCAAAGCUUCAAAUGAAAAGUCAAGCAAUGAAUGGUUGGCCAAUGACAGCGUUAGCACUAUAGAAAAACAUUUAAAUGAUAUCAAUAAGAAGUUAUCAGACUUUUACACAUUAAAAAAGGAAACAAUCGAUAUUCAAGUCAAGAAACCAACACAAGUAUCUGUAGCCGAGAAAUGUCUCAAUCUUGUCAAUAGAGCUGAAAUGUUUCUUGAAACUAGAGAGUUUGAAAAGGCAGAGACUCUUUUACUUGGUGCUCAAAGAUUAAUUGGUGAAGAAUCUUCUUUGGUCAAGGGUUAUAUUACCUCUCAUUUGGCUACCAUUUCUCAUGAAAAGCAUCAAUAUGAAAGUGCUAAAAACUAUUAUGAAGAAUCAAUUAAACUUUUGGAAAGUGAAUCAGACAAUAAUUUCUAUGGAUCUACUUUAUUAAACUAUGCAGAUUUGUUGUCAUGUACCGAUAGAAUGGAAGAAUCAGUUGAUAGUGUUAGAAAGGCAAUUUCAUUAUUCCAAAGUUCAACAAUUAAAUCAACAGAUGAAAGAAUAUAUUUUGCUCAACAUAACUUGUCGGCAUUACUUUGUCACCAAGGUAAAUUUGAUGAAGCUGUUGAAUUGAGUAAAUCGGCAUUCAACGGAUUCCAAAGAUCAUUUGGCAAUGACAAUGAAAUGGUGAGAGCAGCUGCCACCAACUUGGCACAAAUCUACAAACAAUUGAAAAUGACCAAUGAAUUGGAGCAACUCGACAGCGUAUUUGCCAACCAACAAGACAUUGCUCAAGAGAUUGUCGACUCGUUUGAAACCUCUUCAAAGGAUAUCGAUCACAUCAACCUCUCUGAACUCGGCAAGACCUGGUCCGAACAAGGUCACCAACGUGCCUUUGAUAUCAGUGGUUUCCAUAAAUCAUCUACCACUUCCAAGCGUCAACUCGGUGCCUUCUUCCGUGAAAUGAACAAACAAAAUAUCACAAUGGGUUUGGAAACAUUUGAUCUAUUAAAUAAUGAAAUCUCCUCUCUAGAUUAUGCUGCUGAUCGUAUCGGCGAAUGGCAACCACGUACCUACAAUUCUUUACCAAAUCAUCUUCAAUAA